UGUUUUCAGAUGCAUCUUCCCUGUAGUAGCAUAGAAAACAUGUCUGCUGUGGUGAACUGUAUGGAAAGCAAAAGUGAAUACUGGGAUUUAGUUUCUAAAACAGUGAUUACAGAUCUAAUGCCUUCUAUUUUUGUAAAACUUUGAUCCAUUAUUUUCUUAUUUCAGUCUGUCUUGAUUAUGUGGGAAAACAAAUCAUUUUCAGUGGACUAAAGAGGGAUAUUUUUUUUGCUCUUAAAGCUAAACAUGUUAAACCUGCAAGAUAUUGUGACAUGAAAGCAAAGAUGUUUUUACUCACGUCAGGGAAAGUUAAGGUUCUUGCAGCAGUGUUAACUGACCUAUUCUGUGGAUGCAUCGUAAUAUACAUAUGUAACAACCUAUGUGACACUACAGUAACGUGAUCAAACUGACAUUGAUGUGGAAAGUUGAAUCUUAAGCCUUGGAAUAUUUCUAGGUUUCUAGGGAAUUUACAUGCUAUCGAGGGUUUUAAGGUGACCUCUAGCUAUACUCCACUGAAGAAAAGGAAGGUGUUUUUAGUGGAUGCAUUUUGGCACUGCUUUGCAGUCUUGCUCCUGUUGUGGAAAGAUUAACCUGGCAAGGGUGAGUCGGGAGCUUGUGCACUUGGAAAAGAGUAGCAGCACUGGAACCAGGGGCAUGCUAGAGGUACUGUGAAUGGGAAGAAAGGGAGGUGGUUAGGAGUUCUGCUUAAAGGUAACGGAGAAGGAGAGAAAGCACAGAACAGCAUUAGCUACUGCUGUUUCUUUGCUAUAUAUUUAACAUUUACAUCAUCUUUGUGUAAACUUUUCCUUGUUAAGCCUGGCUUCCUGGGAACACAAAGUCGUGUGUGACUAUGCCAUGUAUCCAUUUUCUGGAUUUUGAUAAAUUUUACAGGUUUUGGACUGGCGGCAGGGUAAGGGUAGGGGAAAGGAACACAAAGGAAAAGUUGGGCUGUUUUAUUUUGUGUCAUGUGUUUUGGCACCAGCUGGCACGCUCUGCAACCGCAGUAGAGGUCUGAGAUAAUACAGCACACACAGCUUCUUCCUGCUCAUCGUAGUGUUGUGGGAGACCUCGGGAAAGGUUGAAAAGCAGGAGUUACUGAGCUACCUCUUCUUUGGAUAGGUCUCUUAUGAUAUGGAAGCUGAAGAAGCAGUGCAGAGCUUACAAAUUUGUGGGUCACGAGGAUGCUGUGACCAGCGUGCAGUUCUCACCAGAGGGGCGGCUACUUGCUUCAAGUUCCCAGGAUCGUACUGUCAGACUAUGGAUCCCAUGCAUUCAUGGAGAAUCAUCAGUACUGAAAGGUCAUACAGCAUCUGUUCGUAGUGUGAGCUUCUCGCAUGAUGGCCAAUUCCUAGUUUCAGCUUCCAAUGAUAAAUCGAUAAAAAUAUGGAGUGUUCACCGUCAGCGACUUUUGUUUUCCUUAUUCCAACACACUCAUUGGGUUCGCUGUGCCAAAUUUUCACCUGAUGGAAGACUAAUAGCAUCUUGCAGUGAGGAUAAAUCUGUGAAGAUCUGGGAUACAAGAAAUAAAAUAUGUAUUGAUAAUUUCAUAGAUUAUGGAGGGUUUGCAAAUUUUGCAGAUUUCAACCCAAGUGGUACAUGUAUAGCUUCUGCAGGUUCUAACCAUACGGUGAAACUGUGGGAUAUUCGAAUGAACAAGCUAAUACAGCACUACAGAGUUCACAGAGCUGGGGUUAAUUGUGUAUCGUUCCAUCCUUCUGGUAACUAUCUCAUCACUGCUUCUUCUGAUGGUACCCUUAAGAUUUUGGACCUCUUAGAAGGAAGACUUAUUUACACGCUUCAUGGACACAAGGGUCCUGUUCUUUCUGUGGCUUUUUCAAAAGGUGGUGAAAAAUUUGCCUCAGGUGGAGCAGAUGGCCAGGUAUUACUAUGGAAAACCAACUUUGAUUCAUUUGAUUAUAAAGAAGUUCUUAAACACCACAUUAGAAGAAUACAUACUGAUGACCCUCCUCAUCUUCUUGAUAUUUACCCAAGGUCACCUCAUCUCCAUGAUGAAAAGCUUCAGUCAGUUGAGGUCAACCCUACCUUUGAUGUGACUGAUACACAAACUCCUGACCCACCUGUUGUAGAGAUUACUUCUCCAUCCUUCGGUACUCUGGAUGAUGUCAGCCACGAAGAUUUGCAGUAUCCCCCUGCUUCAGUCUUGGCAACAAGUUCAAAGAGGAAGUCAGAGGACGAGAGUGAAUCAGCUAUGCAUAAUGUGGACAAGCAAAUAGACAUCUCCCCAUCUCUGGGUAAUGCUUUGGAGAACAUUGUGGAACAGCUGGAUGUUUUGACUCUAACAAUUUCAAUCCUGGAACAACGUCUGACUUUGACUGAAGAUAAACUGAAAGAAUGCUUAGAAAAUCAGCAAAAAAUUUUACUUCAGGGAAGACAGGAAGAAUAAAAGAUGAAAAUGAACUGUAUUGAUGAGUAUGUUUUGUAUAUUCACAAGGAAACAAUAAAUGUUGCUUCAUUGGAUUUCACUAUAAUUGAAAAAAAAAUUUCCUUUUCUAACUGUUGAUCUAAUAAAAACUGAAAAAAAUAUGUAUGACAUUUUAAACAUUAGUAGCAAGCAGAUAGUCUGGUUAUACAUUUAAUAAAGUGUAGCCCAGAUGAAAU